AUGUCUCCUGCGCUGAAGGGUCCAUUGGCUGGCUCCAACGGGGUGAACGAUGACGGCAUCAAGAGUGUCUCGACUGAAGGCGAACACUCCAACGGAGCAGACAAACCAGCUGUUUCCGCUGAUCGUCUGAACGAGUUCGGAUAUCCCCAGAACGGGUCAGGUCGCAACUAUGUCCUGCCCAAUACAUGGCACUCCAAAAAGACGAAGAUCCGCGUAGCAUGUAUCGGCGCUGGGGCUUCAGGGAUAUGUCUCGCCUACAAGAUGCAACAUCAGAUGGAUCCCAACACCUGGGAGCUGGCUAUCUACGAGAAGAAUGACAAUAUUUGCGGGACAUGUCUGAACAUAGCCAGAGACGAGAGCAACCAGCUGAGUUACGGGCAGAUCUACACCUACAGCUUCGAACCCCAUCCCGAUUGGUCUACCUACUUCGCGUAUGCGCCGGAAAUCCUGGAGUACUUCCGCACCGAGGUUGCGGGUGGGCCCGGACUGAUGAAAUGCGUUACGGUAGAAUUCGCGGAUAAACAUCAAUGCCAGCGCUUCGUCCAGGUGAAUUCGAAGGUGGUGGAGGCCACAUGGCAUCCCAGGGAAGGAAUCUACAAAAUCGUUAUCGAGGACACCAACACUGGAGAAACCAGGGAGGACUGGUCGCACGUCCUAGUGAACGCGACGGGAAACCUCAAUAAAUGGAAAUGUUGGUGUUCGGCUCCAUCAUUUGGAUGGCCUGAAAUCGAAGGAUUAUAUGACUUUGCAGGACCAAAGAUGCAUCCAUCGCACUGGGACGAGUCGGUGGAUUUCGUAGGCAAGACGGUUGGCAUUAUUGGUACUGGGUCGACCGCCAUUCAGGUAGUCCCAGAGCUCCAAAAAGGUAGGGUGUGUACGAAGGUAACUCCAGAACAUGCUGACUCGUUUAAACAGUUGCAAAGGGCCUCAAACUGUUCAUGCGAUCACCCACUUGGAUCAGUCCUCCUUUCGGGGGAAAUUCGGCAAUACGUCUUCACCGAUGAGGAGAAACGCAAAUUCAGGGAGGACCCUGAUUUCCUGCUCAAUAUGCGACAGAAAAUCGAGGCGGAGGUGAAUCUCCUGUUCCCCUUCUUCCAGCGAGGAACAGAUCUGCAGAAGCAGAUGCAUGUCGUGAUGACGGAGGAGAUGCACAAUCGGAUUGGGCCAGGACAUGAGGAGCUGAAGGAACAUUUGAUUCCCAAAUGGCUCCCAGGCUGCCGUCGGAUUACUCCGGGAGACGGUUAUCUCGAAGCUCUCACUCAGGAUAACGUUCAGCCAAUCUUCAACGAAAUCUCCAAGAUCGUACCCGAAGGCCUGAUUGACUCCGAUGGAGUGCUUCACAAGGUUGACAUCCUGGUGUGCGCUACCGGGUUCGACAUUCCCUACGCCCCUCAUUUCAAACUUACCAACGGAGAUGGGAUUAACAUGCAGGACGAGUGGAAGGACGAUCCAAACCUCUAUCUUGGAUUGACCGCUCCAAGCUAUCCCAACUACUUCGUCAUGGUUGGUGUGGGCGGGACAUGGGCCAACGGUAAAUCAACCUCCAUUCCUGAGCUCCCUAUCUUACAGCAGACCAUGACUGACAAGCUUCCUAUGCAGCUGGAGACCGCUUCCGAACACUUCAUUAAGAUAUUCCGGAAAAUGCAAGAGGAGGGCAUUAAGUCAAUUGAAGUGACACAGGAAGCAUGCGACGACUUCAUCUACCAUCUUGAACUUUUCCACAAGUCCAAGGAAACUGUCUGGAGCGACACUUGCCGCAGCUGGUAUAAGAAGAACGGCAAGGCAUGGAUCUGGCCAGGCGCGACUAUUCACUACCUGAAGACGCUCAAUGCGCCACCAAGCUAUGAGGAUUAUAAAUUCACGUACUGGAGCGGGCGGCGCUUCGCCUACUUCGGGGAUGGCAAUGUUCAAGCGACGGCUUUGAAAGAAAAUGUCUCGGCCAUGGCGCCGUACAUCAGGAAGAGCGAUCACCCCUGGCAUAUUGCGUAG